AUAUUUUUUGCCUGUAAUAGACAUGACCGUUCCGCUUUUAUUUCCUCGCUUUUAUCCAUAAAUAUUCCUUUUCCUACUUCUAUUUCUGUCCUUUUAUCUAAUAUAAAUAUUGAUGUGUAUAAAAUUUUAGCCAGUUUCAUUUUUCAUAACAAUAUAAAAUUAUAACCUAUGUUUUAUGUAUAAUAAAAUUUAUCUGAUCCUUUUCCAAAUUACCAUCCCAAUAAACCUAAUAUUGCACUUCCUAACUUUUGUACAUGGCUGACGCACAAACCGUGCAGGCCAAGAAAGGGAAAAAAAAAAACGAAUCUGCCGGUCUGUUAAAAUUUGCAAAAUACAUUUCGCUUUUUGCUGAGGGAUCAGGGACUUCUUUAUAUUGUUGGAAGGAUUACUCGUGGUUUUUAUAAAUCUGAUUCUUGUGUAUAUGUGUAUGAUAUUGAUCUGGUACACAUUUUACAGAAUUUACAAUUUUUUUAUUACAUACGAUUUAUAAUGAUGAACUUUACAAUAAAUACAGUUCUUACGGAAGAAGUUACUAAGUUAGACCACGUUUUAUCCCCCGCGGAUUUCCAGGGGACCUUAAGCCAAAAGAGGUUAGUGCAGGAUUAUUUGAAAAAUGUGGUGAACUGGAUUGGAGAAAAGUCGACACUUGCUCAAGGUCUUAGCAAGACCUUAACCAGCACAGAUAAACUCCGUAAUUCAGAACAUAUUUUGUAUCUUUUGAAAGAUGCAGCAGGAAAUAAUGGUCAAGGACAAGUCAUAGGCAUCCUUAAAAUUGGUGUUAAAAGCCUAUAUUUGUAUGAUGAAUCUAUGAAAUGUCUCAAAGUCAACCCUCUAUGUAUUCUUGACUUUUAUAUACUUGAGGAGUACCAGAAAAAGGGCUGCGGCAAGAAACUUUUUGAUUAUGUGUUAGCUGAUCAAUGUACUACAGUCGAUCAUAUAGCCAUUGAUAAUCCUUCUCUGAAAUUUGAAAAUUUUCUGCACAAGCAUUAUAACAUCGGAAAGUUGGUCAGACAGCCAAACUGCUUUGCAGUGUCUGCUAGAUUUUUCGAGAAUGUUCAGUCAAUGAAUGGAGAAAAGGAAACGAAGGCCAAUCAAUCAAGUUCAAAAGUUUCCGAAGCAAAGUACAUCGAGUGGCCAUCGUCUCGCGAAGUAGGUCCCGUCUCUCAAGGGUCCAGCAAUGAUGUCACUUCUUAUGGAACUACCUCAUCUAAACCUACUCCAUCCCGAUUCAGGAACAGCAACUUCAAUUUAAAGUAUUCCCAUAACAAACUGUGGUAAAAUUGCGGCAGCUCUAAAAGUUCCAUUAUUGUCGUUUCAUGUUUAAGUUUGAAUCUCUAGCAGAUAUAGCUUAUAUAAGGUGUAAACCAAAGCUUUUGCGGUAAAUCGUCUAUUCGUUUUAUAAGUAGUAAUACUAGCCACUACCAGGCUGUUGGAUAGGUUACAAGUAGUGUUCUCAGUUUUGUCUACUUGUUUCGUUGCGUGGGUAACCAAUACUCUGGCUCUAUUAGGUGGGUUGAAAAGUUCGUAGCACAUAGAUGGCACAACAACCACGAAAAUUAACCGUUCAAAGUGGGUGCCGCGCAUUUUUCUGAUCUCAGACCUCCACAUAAUCUAUGUAGGCCCGUUGAAAUUAUGUAAUGAUGGUAUGGAAAGGUAAUCGCCGAAACUGAAGCCCAUUUUGAGGUAGUUAAAACCAAAUCGAAUAUAAAUCAUAAACCGUAUAUAACCAUAACAACCAAGCACUAGUGCCACGGCGGAACUCGUAAAUAAUGCGAUACUUUAAGUUUUCCAUUUUGUAAAAUUAGUGACGCAAACAGAAAAAAAACCGAAGAAAAAAACAAAUGAAUGACGGUCAUCGAAGCACAAAUACAUGAGUAAAUAGCUGUACAUAUUUGAGGAGAACAUCGUGAUUAAAGUGGCCAGUACGAAAUACGCCAAUUUCAUAUCGUUGUAUCAUUCUCAAAGGUACUAUUGAACAAUCAAAUCAAAUUCUAUAAAAACAACAGUCUAUAUAAGUAUGUCUAUGUUCUACGAACUUUGAGCCCACCAGUCAAGUUUAUCUAAAAAUCAUUUAAAUUAAUAUAUGUUUUCCCGGCACUUGUUAUUAAAUAAGUUCACGAGUAUUAAUUAUUAACUGCUUAAAUGUCGGGUACUAAUUUAUGUGUUAAUUAUGUAUACAAAUCAAUUGCACAAAGUAUUAUUUAUUAAUUAAUUUAAACGAUGUUGUUAAGUAUUAAUAAGUUAUUAAAUUUUAUAUUAGUGGCUUUAAUCCGCGUUUAAGUUAUCUGUUACAUUCCCAUUGAUGGCAUUUGUAUUGUAAAUUUGUAAAAAUGUGUUAUGGAGCUGAAGAUUUUACCGAAUGGAUAUUUUUAAAUGCUCAAAUAUUAUUUAAAAGGUUUUGGAAAUUUGGCCAAUUCAAAAUUAAUAAACAUGUUCAGGCGUUGCUUUUGUAUGUACCUGUGAUAAAUUUAUAUUUUGAUGAAAUUAUAAGUGCUAUGUUUUUAUACUCGUGCUAAUGGAAAAAGUACGGAAUCAAUUUAAACAGUAGUCACGAGGCAUGUUACAUUAUAUUUACUAAACAUUUUUGAUAUGCAAUUAAAUUAUUAUUCAUAAUGUUACUUUUAUUAUA